AUGUCUCCCAUUGAUACUACGCACCCACAAUCUCCGACCAAGCUGUCAAGCACGUCUCCCACACCAACACAGACACAGACACAGACACAGACAUCAACAUCGACAUCAACAUCAACAUCAACACAGGCACAAGCACAAGCACAAGCACAAAUAGAAACAGAACCAUCGGUAGAACCAGCAUCGUCGCAUGCCUCGAUUUUCCCAACAGAGUCAAUCACUCCAAGCACUUUAGCCACACAAACUGCUCAAAAUGACCAGAUAACUCCAUCGCGUGAACAACCAAAGCGACGAUUCAAGACAUUUAAAGGUUGUCACACAUGUAGGAGCCGAAAAAUCAAAUGUGAUUUGGGCAAGCCACAUUGCCAGAAAUGCAUAAAAGCCAAAUUGACAUGUGCUGGAUACGAUAUCAGACUACGGUGGUCCAAACCAAUAGAGUUCAGACCUAUUUAUAAUGGUGAAGGAGAUGGAACUGGUGCUAAUUGUCCUGCAAAUAGUAGUAAUAUUUCGGUUAAUAGCUGCGACGUAAAGUCCACAAAAGUGAUAUUCAGAACAAUUGAUGAGAUGAGAGAUGAAGACUUGCGAAGAGAAGGAACACCCACUGCACCGGAACAACUUCAUUAUAGAAGAUUGAUUGAUUUUGUUGUAUGGAAAGAGCCCUACAAGACAUAUGAUGACAUGGAUAGGGAUCUUGCGUAUUUACAAACUCACACUGGCAAUACGCAAGAUGUGAAUCCACAAGACGCGACGAAAAUGAAAGGCCCAUUUGGUGUGUUUCGUGGCAUCAAACAUGAGAAACGAAGACAGCAACGUAAUCAACGGCAACAAUACAAGAAACCAAAAGUUGCAAAACCAAGUAAGCUGGUGACAACCAAUCCACUGCAACGCCAAGCCCAACACCAACAAAAACGAUCACCCCACAAGAAUAACCAAAUACAUACAAAGGAAAACAUUCAACAAUUUUCACCUAGUUCAGCUAUUGAAUCCCCACAAUCUAUGACAAUGGCCAAUGACGCUUCUCAGAUUUCAAUGGAUGCUGUCCCGCAAGAUCAAUUUUGGUUAUCAAAUGAGUUAAAAGAUGCGGCGUUGAUUUCAGCUGCUGCCUUGGACACGCACUAUCUUGAUUUGAUGAACAACUACGAUUUGAACAAUAAUAUGCCCAUUGCGAACGAUGCCAAUUUCGAUGGUUUUGGCUUUAAUCUUAACAAUCCUGAUUUGUUAAAUUUAGUAUUUCAUAACAAAGCUCAGCUAUUCAACUCUAUACCUCCACAACUGCAACCGCAACUGCAACCACAGCCACAACCGCAAUCGCAAUCGCAAUCGCAAACUCUGUUGCAAACGCCUUCUUCGGUUGCAAACAUGUCUAUGUCGAAUAUCCUAAAUCAUCAGCACCACCCUCAAAAUGCAACCCCACAACAACUGCAGCAACACUAUAAUUCAGAUGCUUUAAUUGAUCCUAUACAUUACUCCAAUUUUUCCAACUUUUUUUACAAUAACCCAUACCAAAUGAAUGAUAAUCUUGAGAUUCAACUCCAUGCACAAAGCACUGGUGCAGAUGAUCUGGAGGUUGUUGAAGGCGAUCGCUCAAACGACUCGACAUUGUUGGCCACAAUAAUGAAAACAGUGCAGAACCCACUCCGUGUCAACUUUGAUCUUGGUUUACCCAAGCAGCAAUUUGGUAUACCAAGUACAGCAUUGCAAGUGCAACCUUUAACUCGGUAUUUGCUCAACUACUAUGUCACAGACGUUGCUGAUCUAAUGACGGUGAUUCCACUUACAGAAAACCCGUGGAAGGCGAUAUAUUUUCCACGCGCAUUGAUGGCAAUUGGAGAAUUACUGGCUUUGGGGAAGACCACCACGGCAAAAAAUGCAUUAUUGAAUGCAUUACUUGCAGUCUCGGCAUUCAAUUUACAAUCCAAGUUUCCAAAAAAUUCGGAGCCAAUGAAAUUCUAUCUUAAUUUGGGCAUUGCGUUGAGAAACCAGGCUAGUUUGUUUGUUAAGCAGUUGUUGAAUCUGAACCAAAAGAACAAUAACAAUAUCCAAGCAGGAAUCGAGCAUUGUGUGAGUCAUGAAAAGUACAAAGAUGUGCUUUGUGCAGUAAUGACAAUGAUCAGUGUUGAUUUAGUUUGGGGUACCAUGCAAGAUACUGGAUUAUACAUCACAUGGUGUGGGAAAGUGAUUGUUGCCAAAAUGGCUAAUAAGAAGAAGCUUUCAUCCAAAGCACGGAUUUUGCAUCGGAUUUUUCUGUCGUUAAAAUUAAUUCAGGACUCUACGAGCUUACAGUUUGAAAGUGUCAGGGAUGAUUUUGACUCCAAUGCAGGGUUUGGUUACGAUGUUAAUGGAGAUAAAUUUGGCAAAACUGCUCAAAUUAACAAUAGCAAUAAUAAAAACAAUAACAACGGCAAUAGCGGCAAUAGCAGUGGUAGUGGAGGUGGUGAUAACAGUUACCAAAGAAAGAUACCCACAAACAAGGGGAGAAUAGACUUUAUUGUAAACAAUUCUUUUUCAAGCCCGAGGCCAACAACAACCACUACAUCUCCGCAGUUUGUGAAUAAGAAAUUGAUCAACACCAAAAAGAAUGAUGAGAACUUUGCCACGGAUGCAUUGUAUGGUUUGCCAAAUUCUUUAAUUUUGUUGUUUAGUGAAACAGUUGAGCUCCUUCGUGUUAAAAUUUACUAUACUGGAAUCCGAAAGUCCCCUCCUCUGGACUAUGGACCAAGAGUGCAAGAUUUGGAUAAAAACUUACAAGAUUGGAGACUCGAUUGGGAACUUUUUGCUGGACAAAAUCUUAACGGUGGUAGUUUUGCUGGUGAAGGAUACAAUCUGGCCAAGGUUGUUGGCUCAGGUUUGAACUCCCCAACAUCGACUUCUACGCAUACUGUGCAAAGAGAGAAGGGUGUUGGUGAUGGUGAUGGUGGUGACGGGAAUAAAAAGUUUUUUUCUUCAAUGCAUGAAGCAACUUACCAUCACAUCAUGUCAUUCUACCAUGCGUUGGUGAUUUAUUUCAAUAGAUUUGUUCUAGGUGUUGCUUCGUUUAAGCUUCAAAAUCGUGUUGAAUCGACGCUUUAUCAUUUGAAUUCAAUUCAAGAGCUUAUAGCACAGGGCAAAGCGAAUAUCAUUCCGUUGUUUUGGCAAGGUUUUAUAGCUGGGUGUGAAGCAAAAUCAAGUGAAUUGCAAGUGGGAUUUAAAAAAUGGGGAGCAGAUAUUGCGCAGUAUUUGGGGAGUUAUUGGGGAGCAAGACAAAUUAUGCUUGAGGUGUGGAGAAGAAGGAGGAUGAAAGAGAGUAAAGAUGAUUGGGUCAGUGUGGUGCAGGAUUGGGAAAUGAAUCUCAUGUUGAAUUGA